AUGAAAUACAUGGACGUCGUCAUGUACUGCGAGGUAGAGGACGACGAUGAAGCCUACAAACACAUGAAAAAGGCAGCCCUCGACCAUCGAGACCCGCAAGCCCACAACCCCAGGGACCCGCAAGCCCACAACCCCAGGGACCCGCAAGCCCACAACCCCAGGGACCCGCAAGCCCACAACCCCAGGGACCCGCAAGCCCACAACCCCAGGGACCCGCAAGCCCACAACCCCAGGGAACCGCAAGCCCACAACCCCAGGGACCCGCAAGCCCACAACCCCAGGGACCCGCAAGCCCACAACCCCAGGGACCCGCAAACCCUUACUGCAUUCGACCUCCGAGACCCGCCUGCAUUCGACCACCGAGACCCGCCUGCAUACGACCACCGAGACCCGCCUGCAUACGACCACCGAGACCCGCUUGCAUACGACCACCGCGACCCGCUUGCAUACGACCACCGAGACCCGCUUGCAUACGACCACCGAGACCCGCUUGCAUACGACCUCCGAGAUUCACCCGCCCACAACCCCAGGGACCCGCCAGCCCACAACCCCAGGGACCUGCCAGCCCACAACCCCAGGGACCCGCCAGCCCACAACCCCAGGGACCCGCCAGCCCACAACCCCAGGGACCCGCCAGCCCACAACCCCAGGGACCCGCCAGCCCACAACCCCAGGGACCCGCCAGCCCACAACCUCAGGGACCCACCAGCCCACAACCUCAGGGACCCAUUAUCCCACAACCUCAGGGACCCACCAGCCCACAACCUCAGGGACCCAUUAUCCCACAACCUCAGGGACCCACCAGCCCACAACCUCAGGGACCCAUUAUCCCACAACCCCAGGGACCCACCAGCCCACAACCUCAGGGACCCAUUAUCCCACAACCUCAGGGACCCACCAGCCCACAACCUCAGGGACCCAUUAUCCCACAACCCCAGGGACCCACCAGCCCACAACCUCAGGGACCCAUUAUCCCACAACCCCAGGGACCCAUUAUCCCACAACCCCAGGGACCCACCAGCCCACAACCUCAGGGACCCAUUAUCCCACAACCUCAGGGACCCACCAGCCCACAACCUCAGGGACCCAUUAUCCCACAACCUCAGGGACCCACCAGCCCACAACCUCAGGGACCCAUUAUCCCACAACCUCAGGAACCCACCAGCCCACAACCUCAGGGACCCAUUAUCCCACAACCCCAGGGACCCACCAGCCCACAACCUCAGGGACCCAUUAUCCCACAACCUCAGGGACCCACCAGCCCACAACCUCAGGGACCCAUUAUCCCACAACCCCAGGGACCCACCAGCCCACAACCUCAGGGACCCAUUAUCCCACAACCUCAGGGACCCACCAGCCCACAACCUCAGGGACCCAUUAUCCUACAACCCCAGGGACCCACCAGCCCACAACCUCAGGGACCCAUUAUCCCACAACCCCAGGGACCCACCAGCCCACAACCUCAGGGACCCAUUAUCCCACAACCUCAGGGACCCACCAGCCCACAACCUCAGGGACCCAUUAUCCCACAACCUCAGGGACCCAUUAUCCCACAACCUCAGGGACCCACCAGCCCACAACCUCAGGGACCCAUUAUCCCACAACCCCAGGGACCCACCAGCCCACAACCUCAGGGACCCAUUAUCCCACAACCUCAGGGACCCACCAGCCCACAACCUCAGGGACCCAUUAUCCCACAACCCCAGGGACCCACCAGCCCACAACCUCAGGGACCCAUUAUCCCACAACCCCAGGGACCCACCAGCCCACAACCUCAGGGACCCAUUAUCCCACAACCUCAGGGACCCACCAGCCCACAACCUCAGGGACCCAUUAUCCCACAACCUCAGGAACCCACCAGCCCACAACCUCAGGGACCCAUUAUCCCACAACCUCAGGGACCCACCAGCCCACAACCUCAGGGACCCAUUAUCCCACAACCCCAGGGACCCACCAGCCCACAACCCCAGGGACCCACCAGCCCACAACCCCAGGGACCCAUUAUCCCACAACCUCAGGGACCCAUUAUCCCACAACCUCAGGGACCCACCAGCCCACAACCUCAGGGACCCAUUAUCCCACAACCCCAGGGACCCACCAGCCCACAACCUCAGGGACCCAUUAUCCCACAACCUCAGGGACCCACCAGCCCACAACCUCAGGGACCCAUUAUCCCACAACCUCAGGGACCCACCAGCCCACAACCUCAGGGACCCAUUAUCCCACAACCUCAGGGACCCACCAGCCCACAACCUCAGGGACCCAUUAUCCCACAACCUCAGGGACCCACCAGCCCACAACCUCAGGGACCCAUUAUCCCACAACCUCAGGGACCCACCAGCCCACAACCUCAGGGACCCAUUAUCCCACAACCUCAGGGACCCACCAGCCCACAACCUCAGGGACCCAUUAUCCCACAACCUCAGGGACCCACCAGCCCACAACCUCAGGGACCCAUUAUCCCACAACCUCAGGGACCCACCAGCCCACAACCUCAGGGACCCAUUAUCCCACAACCCCAGGGACCCACCAGCCCACAACCUCAGGGACCCAUUAUCCCACAACAUCAGGGACCCACCAGCCCACAACCUCAGGGACCCAUUAUCCCACAACCUCAGGGACCCACCAGCCCACAACCUCAGGGACCCAUUAUCCCACAACCUCAGGGACCCACCAGCCCACAACCCCAGGGACCCGCCAGCCCACAACCUCAGGGACCCACCAGCCCACAACCUCAGGGACCCAACAGCCCACAACUUUAGGACCCACCAGCCCACAACUUCAGGGACCCACCAGCCUACAACCUCCGAGAUCCCCAAGCCUGCCAGCCUGGCAUGGGACAAGUUCGGAUGUGUGACCCUGAGCGACUACAUUGAUGUGUACCUGAAGACAGACGUGCUGCUGCUCACUGAUGUUUUCGAAAACUUUCGUCAGCUUUGCCUCGAGACUCACAGCAUCGACUUCAGCCACUACGUCAACGCACCAGGGUUCACUUUCGAUGCAAUGCUUAAGGGGACCGCCUCGUCAGGGGUGUAUGUGUGUCAGUGA